CCUUUCCCACAUGACAAUCAUGACAUUGACAUGAAGCUGUAACCUAAAAAUUCUAGAAUUUCUGUGAUAAUUUAAUUUUUAUGAAAGCAAAAUGACGAUAUCAAACAUGUUACGGCUAGCGAACAUCCUAAAAGGUGUAAAUAAAUGCAAUGUGUCACAAAUCGAGAAAUACUCGUCCCAUGUCGUAUACGCUGAACAUAAGCCCUUGGAGAAAAUCAGAAACAUCGGAAUAUCUGCCCAUAUCGAUUCAGGAAAGACCACCCUUACAGAGCGAAUAUUAUUCUACACCGGCAGGAUAGACCAGAUGCACGAGGUAAAAGGCAAAGACAAUGUAGGCGCAGUCAUGGACUCCAUGGAGUUAGAACGCCAAAGAGGUAUCACCAUUCAGUCAGCCGCCACCUAUACAAUAUGGAAAGAACACAACAUUAAUAUCAUAGACACGCCUGGCCACGUUGACUUUACCGUGGAAGUAGAAAGAGCUUUGCGAGUGUUGGAUGGAGCUGUGCUGGUGUUGUGUGCUGUGGGCGGCGUGCAGAGUCAGACGUUGACCGUUAAUAGGCAGAUGAAGAGAUACAAUGUUCCUUGUUUGGCUUUCAUAAACAAGCUUGAUAGAUUGGGGGCUAAUCCUUUUAGAGUAAUAAAACAAAUGAGAUCCAAAAUGAACCACAACGCUGCAUUUUUACAACUACCCAUGGGACUUGAGAAGGAAUGCCAAGGUAUUCUCGACCUGAUCGAGGAGAGAGCUAUGUACUUUGAAGGAGAUUACGGUGAGAAGAUCCGGUAUGAUGAGGUGCCUCAGGAUAGGAGGGCUGAGGUACAAGAGAGGAGGCAUGAACUUAUUGAGCAUUUGUCUAAUGUUGAUGAGAGUUUGGGAGAACUAUUCCUCGAAGAAAAAACACCAACAGUCGCAGACAUAAAGCAAGCAGUCCGCCGCACCACUCUCAAACGUACCUUCACACCAGUCCUCGUGGGUACCGCAUUAAAGAACAAGGGAGUACAACCUUUACUGGAUGCGGUACUCGAGUACCUUCCACAUCCUGGUGAGGUAGAAAACACAGCUUUAAUAAACGAGGAUAAAGAUGGAGAAGGGCAGACUAUACUGCUAGAUGCGGCACGGAAUGAUGCCAAGCCGUUUGUGGGUCUGGCUUUCAAGUUGGAAGUUAGCAAGUUCGGUCAGCUGACGUAUUUGAGAUGUUACCAGGGUAUGCUGAAGAGGGGAGAGAAUAUUUUCAAUGCUAGGACUGGGAAGAAGGUAAAAAUCUCCCGUCUAGUACGAAUGCACUCGAACAACAUGGAAGAAGUGACGGAAGUCAUGGCGGGCGAUAUUUUCGCACUGUUCGGCGUAGAUUGCGCGUCGGGUGACACGUUUGUGAACGAUGGCAAACUGCAACUGUCGAUGGAGUCUAUUCAUGUGCCUGACCCUGUUGUUUCUAUGUCUAUUAAGCCGAAGAAUAAUAAGGAUAGAGAUAAUUUCUCGAAGGCUGUUGCUAGAUUUACCAAAGAGGAUCCUACAUUCCAGUUCCGUUAUGACCCCGAUAACAAGGAGACCAUAGUGUCAGGAAUGGGAGAGUUGCAUUUAGAGAUUUACGCGCAGAGAAUGGAGAGGGAAUACAACUGUCCCGUUGAAUUGGGCAAGCCUAAAGUAGCUUUCAGAGAAACAAUGAUGUCGCCGUGCACAUUCGACUACCUACACAAGAAGCAGUCCGGAGGUGCUGGUCAAUACGCCAGGGUUAACGGUAUCAUGGAACCUCUGCCUCCUCAUCAGAAUACUAUGCUAGAAUUCAUCGACGAAACAGUAGGAACGAACAUCCCAAAACCAUUCGUGCCCGGAGUAGAGAGAGGUUUCCUUGACACCUGUCAAAAGGGAUACCUGUCAGGACAUAAAGUGUCAGGUGUCAAGUUCAGGUUGCAAGACGGUGCUCAUCAUAUUGUGGACUCCAGUGAAUUGGCCUUCUUCUUGGCUGCUAAGGGAGCUGUUAAAGAAGUAUUCGACAACGGAGCUUGGCAGAUUCUCGAGCCAAUAAUGUUCGUGGAAGUGACCUUACCUGACGAGUUCCAUGGUACAGUGAUAGGCCAGUUGAACAAGAGAGGAGGUAUUAUCACCGGCACUGAGGGUUCAGAGGGCUGGACGACGAUAUACGCUGAAGUGCCGCUGAAUAACAUGUUUGGGUAUGCUGGUGAACUUAGAUCUAUGACCCAAGGCAAGGGUGAAUUCAGUAUGGAAUACAGUCGCUACUCGCCCUGUCUUCCCGACGUACAAGAGAAGCUAAUCAGAAAAUACCAAGAAGAGAUGGGCUUACUACCAGACCAGAAGAAAAGAAAGAAUUAACCGCCUAGCUUAAUGUAUAGAGUAAUUUAUUUUAUCGUUUAUUUUUAUUUUUAAUCGUAAAUGUAUUUUUAAGGCGAAUCUACUGUAAAUUAUAAUGAAAUUAUUUCCA